GGAAGUUGAUGGUAGUGGAGCCGGAGCGGAGGUCAUGUGAUAAGAGCCUGGCACACAGGCCUCAGAAUAGAGGAAAAGCUGCAUUGGAGGAUGAAGAUAGUAUGGAUGGACUUGAGGCAGCAGAACCAGAAAACUCUGCAGACACAGACAUUAAAGAAAAACCUGUGGAAGAGGGCGCCCAGACCGAAGCAGCAGACGCUGAGCAGCUAACACCCAUUCUCCAGCGCUCUUUAUCCGUGGAGUCUGAGCACUCCACUGCCUCUGUGGGAGUUGAAGCCAAAAGCAGUGAACAACUUUGUGCGUUCUGUUACUGUGGUGAAAGAAGUCUCUUGGGGCAAGGGGAAUUAAAGCAUUUCAGUCCAACUCCCGACUUUAUCCUGCCUUGGAAAACACUGACCGAGAAUAAAGACCCUGAUGGCAGCGAUGGGACUUGCAAAGCCACCGGAAAGACAACAAAACGAGGGUAUCGAAAAGUAAAAUCUCCACUACACAAUAUCACAUAUGCAAGCGUGGGAACCCAAACAGCGUCUGAAGAGCAGAGCAGUAAAUUUUGGGAUGAACUGUGUCAAGUUGGCCUGACCGAUGAUGUUCAUAUCCAGUCCUUGUUUGAGCCCACAGGUCACUGUUGGGCUCAUCACCGUUGUGCCGAGUGGUCACCAGGCGUGCACCAAACUGCAGAUCGGGAGCUGGUCAAUGUGGACAAAGCGGUUGUCUCAGGGAGCACAGAACCAUGUGCAUACUGUAAGCACCUUGGAGCUACAAUCAAAUGCUGUGAAGAGACAUGUUCGCAGAUGUACCAUUACCCCUGCGCUGCUGGAUCUGGCGCCUUUCAGGAUCUCACGUGCUUUUCUCUGCUUUGUCCAGAGCACAUCGAUCAGGCUCUUGAGCGUUUUAAGAAUGAAGCUAACUGUGCACUGUGUGACAGCUCUGGAGACCUGCUGGAUCAGCUCUUUUGUACAACUUGUGGUCAGCAUUACCAUGGGAUGUGUCUGGACAUAGUGGUGACCCCUUUAAAACGUGCUGGCUGGCAGUGCCCGGACUGCAAAAUCUGUCAAAACUGCAAGCACUCUGGAGAUGACAACAAGAUGCUUGUGUGUGAUACCUGUGAUAAAGGUUACCAUACUUUUUGCUUGCAGCCAGUUAUGGACUCUGUACCAACAAAUGGUUGGAAGUGUAAGAACUGCCGGAUAUGUGCAGAAUGUGGUACACGGACCAGUCGUCAGUGGCACCUGAACUGUUUGAUAUGUGACAGUUGUUUCCUGCAGCAAAUUAGCAUACCUUGCCCACUUUGUGACAAGCCUCUCCAGCCAGAACUGCAGAAAGACAUGCUGCAUUGUCAGAUGUGCAAAAGGUGGAUACAUCUAGAAUGUGAAAAAUGUGCAGAUUAUGCAGAUGAGCAGUUCAAAGAUGAGUACAUCUGUCCAACGUGCAAGCAGCUAGAGCCGGAAGACGAUGCAGGGGAAGACUGCAUUGAGAUGGAGGUUGCAGAAUCAGAUGCCAUUUGCACAGAUGAGAUUGAAGUGGAUACAGGUGGAAAAAUUACAUUUCAAGGUGAAGCACUUAAUCACAAUGAUAUUGUUCCAGAUGCAGCCGCUAUGUGUCUUGAUGAAGAGACACCAGAGAAUGACGUCAAACCAGACAAGGAAAGCAAGCCACCCAGUCAAGUCAAUACGGACAGUAUGGAUGUGUCUCAUUCCGACACGACAUACAUGCUAUCCAAUGAUGGGACAGUUAAGGCUGAAUCUGAAAAGAACAUGUCACCUCAGCAACCGAUAUGUCUUCAAGAGCAAGAAAAUCGCCCUCAACCACAGAACUCUGAAACUUCAUCCGAGGAUAGAUGUAAAUCACAAACCUUUUCACGUGUUCUUGAGGACUCUUGUAAAUCGCCUUGCAAAGUCAAACUCACGGAUGAUGCUUAUGCACAGUUAGAUGAGCACUUUGACUUGAGCAGGGGCCAUGAUCACAUUUCAACAAAGAAAGAGGAUCCUCUUAUUUCAGAAACCAUGGAUGUUCAAGACAUGGAAGCCAUUCCAAAGAGUGAGCCAUUUACAGAAAUUAGCUCACCCUUAGGGCUCAAAAUUCUGAAGUCUCCUACAGGAAUGGAUUCCCCUGCCACCUCUGUUGACACUAGUAAGACCAGUGUGUCAUCCUCACCAGCAGUAUCCAUCGACUUUCAUUCUUCGAAUGACCUGUUUCAAAGUCAAACUCCGGCACAUAGUUUUAGCACAGCAAAUGCCUUUUCCACCACAUUUGUUUCCGUAACUCCAAAAAUUGGCAUGGGUAAGCCAGCUAUUACCAAAAGGAAGUUUUCUCCUGGCCGGCCAAGAUCCAGACAGGCCUCUUGGAGUACCCAUAAUACAGUGAGCCCACCUUCCUGGUCAGCUGAUGGCUCAGAAGGUUGGGACACUUUUAAAUCCAGACAGCUUCUCGGCAAUCCGUUAUGGAGCAUCAAAGUGGGUCGAGGCUCAGGAUUUCCGAGGAGGAGACAAAGAGGUUCCGGGCUCUCCGGCCGUGGCGGAAGAGGCCGAUCAAAAUUAAAACCGCCUAUAGGCAACUAUAUAUUUCCAGGGUUAACCACAGUUGAUCUUUCAGCAUACAAGGAGGAGGAAGAAACCUCAAUGCACAACACAGUUGUAUUAUUUUCCACAAGCGACAAGUUCACCUUGCAUCAGGAUAUGUGCGUGGUGUGCGGUAGUUUUGGUAAAGGUGCUGAAGGAAGACUACUUGCUUGUUCACAGUGUGGGCAGUGCUACCAUCCAUACUGUGUCAGUAUUAAGAUUAGUAAAGUCAUCCUUCGUAAAGGCUGGAGGUGUUUGGAGUGCACAGUGUGUGAGGCCUGUGGGAAGGCCACAGAUCCUGGCCGACUGCUGCUCUGCGAUGACUGUGACAUUAGCUAUCAUACAUACUGCCUGGAUCCGCCCUUACAGACUGUUCCCAAAGGAGGAUGGAAGUGUAAAUGGUGUGUAUCAUGUAACAACUGCAAAGCAAUAACACCGGGGCUGCGAUGUGAAUGGCAGAACAACUACACACAGUGUGCUCCAUGUGCUAGUUUGGCUACUUGCCCAGUGUGUGGCCAGAACUACAUAGAAGAUGAAAUCAUUCUCCAGUGUCGGCAGUGCGACAGGUGGUCCCAUGGCACCUGCCAGAACCUUAACACAGACGCUGAGGUAGAGAGCGCAGCAGACGGUGGAUUUGACUGUGCUAUGUGUAAGCCGUUUGCAAUACCAGCUCAAGAAAUUGAAUCUCCAGUGGAUGCCCAGAUUGUCUUAAAAAUUAGAGAACCUGAUGUUCUCAAAACCUUUACCCAGGACGGAGUGUGCUUGACAGAGUCUGGACUUUCACAGUUACAGAGCCUAACAAUCACAGCACCGAGGCGGAGGCGAUCAAAACCAAAGUUGAAAUUAAAAAUCAUCAACCAGAACAGUGUAGCAGUUCUCCAGACACCUCCUGACCCCCAGUCUGAGCAUUCUCGUGAUGGAGAAAUGGAUGAUAGUAGAGAGGGAGAUCUAAUGGACUGUGAUGUGAAAUCUGACUCUAGUCCUGAGCGAGAACCUAUUGACGAUGACUCUAAGGGUGCAGAAGUGAUGGAUGGAAUAAAGAAAAGGAAAAGGAAGCCAUACAGACCUGGUAUUGGUGGAUUUAUGGUGCGCCAAAGAAGCCGAACAGGUCAAGGGAAAUCCAAGAGAUCUCUUUCCAGAAAAGAUUCUUCUGGCUCAGUUUCUGAACUUGUGCCAGGCAGAGAUGAUGCUUGGAAUGAACCGCUGCCUGAUAAUCCAAUGGAUGAAUGCGCCCCUAUCACUGAGAACACAGAGAAAGUUAGGAAACGAUACCGGAAAAAGAAAAACAAACUUGAGGAAUCCUUCCCAACGUAUCUGCAGGAAGCUUUUUUUGGGAAAAACCUUUUGGAUACCAGUCGACAAAACAAGCAGAGCAUUGAGCAUUUGUCUGAGGAUGCCGCCCAUCUGCCGUACAAAGCAAACAUUAAUGCUACCUUUUUGGAUCCAUCAUCUGACCCCCUGCUCAGCUCGGCUGCAACACCCUCAAGAACCACGAACGGUGGUUCUCACGAUCCUCUAGCAGAUCUGUCUGAAGUUUUGAACACAGACGAUGACAUUUUCGGUAUUCUUUCUGAUGAUCUUGCAAAAUCAUCAAAUCAGUCUGGUCUUGAUUUAUGCCCUUUCCAGGUUGAGAAUUCAUCCUCUCCUUUUGCUGGACUUGACGUAGGUACAAUGUCAGAUGAUUCAUCAUCGCUGCCUCAUGCCAGUGGCCCCCAAAGCUCUCGGCCAUUAAGUGAAGACCAACUGGAUGGGAUUCUCAGCCCAGAAUUAGACAAAAUGGUUACAGAUGGUGCAAUUUUGGGAAAGCUGUAUAAAAUUCCAGAACUUGAAGGAAAAGAGGUUGAAGAUUUAUUUACUGCUGUGCUGAGUCCUGUAGCCACCCAUCCGCCAUCUUUGCCACAACCGCCACCACCUUCAGCUCAUCCCCAUCCUCCACAUACACAGCUCUUGCCUUUGCAAAACCAGGGUGAUGGUCUUUUUCCAAGAAUGCCCAUGGUGAAUGGCUUGUUGCCAAGCAAUCCUCACUUACCACACAAUCCUCUCGGCCCAGGACAUGGACUUGGUCCUUUCUCUCCCUUAACACAACCACCAUUUCCAAACAGGGAUAAGAACGCGGUAUACCAUGGCAUGGUGAACGACCCCACAAAUGUUUGGCCAGCUCAGGCUCCGGUUAUGGAGCCAGAAGGAGACACCAUGUCCAGUGCCCAAAGGAGUACACAGAAAUGGGAGAAGGAAGAAGCCCUUGGAGAAAUGGCGACGGUGGCCCCUGUUUUAUACACCAAUGUUAAUUUCCCACACCUGAAGGAGGAGUUUCCUGAUUGGUCUACACGAGUGAAGCAAAUUGCAAAACUCUGGAGAAAAGCCAGCUCGCAAGAAAGAGCCCCCUAUGUGCAAAAAGCCAGGGAUAACCGUGCCGCACUGCGAAUCAACAAAGUGCAAAUGUCAAAUGACUCGAUAAAGCGACAGCAGCAUGAGAUCAUUGACGAAAGCGCCCGGAUCGAUUCUGAUCCAUUUAAAGAUCCCUUGAAGCAGAGAGAGUCUGAGCAUGAACAAGAGUGGAAGUUCAGACAGCAAAUGCGCCAGAAAAGCAAACAGCAGGCGAAGAUAGAAGCAACCCAGAAACUUGAGCAAGUAAAAAAUGAGCAGCAACAGCAGCAGUUUGGGUCCCACCAUCAUUUGAGUCAGUCAGGAAGUGAUACCCCAAACAGUGGCAAUCAGAGUCCUUUAACACCUCAACCGAACAGUGACAACAUGUCCCCAAAUCAGCAGAACUUUAUUAAAGACCCAUUUACUAAACAGACAUUGCCCGGAGCACCUACAUCAUUCUCAGAUGAUGUUUUUCUUAAACCACAAGCUCCACCUCCAACUCCCACUAGAAUACCUUUACAGGAUCCCAUCCAGCUUUCUCAACCACAUUCACCACAGAUGUUUUCUCCUGGAUCUUCCAACUCUAGACCAUCAUCUCCCUUUGAUCCCUAUGCUAAAAUGGUAGGAACACCAAGACCUCCACCUACCAGUCAGAAUUUUCACAGAAGGAACUGUGGGUCACCCAUGGAUAUUUGUCCUCCUAGACAUAUACCUGGGAGUGAGUCCUUUGAUACUAGACCAUCCCCCAUAAGAGACUCUUGUUCAUCUCCUUCCGGCACUGAUCCCUCAUUAAAGAUGGGAGAUAUUCAGAAGAAUAUGGGCCCAGCUGAUCCUUUUUCUAAACCAUUAGGACUGUCAAGAUUGUCUCAUAACACUGAUCAGAUGAUAGAUGGUUCUCUGGGUCCAGUAAACAAUGAUUCUUUUACAAAGCAUUCUUCCAGAUCUGAAAUAUAUCAAAGAUCGCAAAUGCCACAAAAAGUGGAUCCAUAUUCAAGGCCUCCCCUCACUCCUACAUCAGGUGUUUCACCUGGCAGCCCUGCGCCUUUUAAAACUCCUUUGCGCCCACCUCAGUCACCACAAGAGUCUUACAAUUUAUUACCCACAACACCUCGACGUAUCUCUUCAGACCCAUAUGAAAGACAUGUUUUGACUCCAAGACCUGCUGAAACUUUUUCACAUGACCUUUAUAACCAAGCACCUCAUGGAAAUCGUACUAUGAAUGAACCAUUUGCACAUCCCCCUAGACUGAUGCGACAGCAUAGUGAUCCUCAGUCCGCCUCUUUGUCUCGCUCAAAUGCCCAGGAUCCAUAUGCUCAGCCUCCAGGAACUCCACGUCCAACAAAUAACCCAUAUUUAAAAUCACCAACUGCUUCAAGAUCUACAGCAAUAGACCCUUAUCUUCAACAGCCUUCUACCCCAAGACCACCUGUGCAAACAAUGGAUCCUUAUAAUCAGCCUCAAUCAACUCCUAGGCCAGUAAUGGGAGAUGUAUUUGUUCAGCCAUCUAUGAAUAAGAGGCAUCAUGAUUCCUUUGCAGCCUCACCUGCAAGGAAUAGCAUGGACCCAUACUCUCAGCCACCUGGAACACCAAGACCAGCACCUUCAGAUCCCUAUGCCCUACCACCUGGAACACCAAGGCCUGUGCCUUCAGAUCCCUAUGCCCAACCACCUGGAACACCAAGGCCUGUGCCUUCAGAUCCCUAUACCCAACCACCUGGUACACCAAGGCCUGUGCCUUCAGAUCCCUAUGCCCAACCACCUAGUACACCAAGGCCUGUUCCUUCAGAUCCUUAUUCUCAGCCUCCUGCAACCCCAAGGCCAGUUCCCUUAGAAGUGUAUGCUCAUCCACCUGGGACUCCGAGGCCCGUACCUUCCGAUCCCUAUGCUCAGCCACCUUCAACUCCAAGGCCAGUUACUUCAGAUCCUUACGCUCAGCCUCCUGGAACUCCAAGGCCACUUCCUUUAGAUCCAUACUCGCAACCACCUGCAACUCCCCGGCCAGCUCCUUCAGAUCCAUAUGCACAUCAACCAGCAACUCCUAGGCCAGCCCCUUCAGAUCUUUACUCUCAGCCACCUGCAACACCAAGACCAAUGCCUUUAGACCCUUAUUCUCAACCUCCUUGUACUCCACAAUCAGUACUUGCAGACCCUUAUUCCCAGUCCCCUGCUACACCAAGGCCUCUUCCCACAGACUCUUACUCGCAACUUAAUCGAACUCCUAGGCAUGUACUUUCUGACCUUUAUGCUCAGCCACCAAGAACUCCAAUGCCCAGUGGUCCAGAAAGCUUUAAUCGUUCCUCAGUGGUUCGCCCAGUGUUGAUACAAAACCAAGAGUCAUUUCUGCAGAAUAUGCAAAGCAGGGGAGCCCAUUUUAUCAGAACAUCUGAAGGAAGCUCCCAAAAUCAACGACUAGCAGGCCAAGGUUCAGCAGACCUGUUUAAUCACUCCUCAUCUGGCCUUAACCAGGAACCUUAUGAUCAUCCUCCAUUGGCACCUCAUAUACAGACGGGUGAAGGAUUUGGCCAAUCCCAUGAUAUUGGAGAUCAGCAAAGAACUUUUUCAGAGGAAACAUUUAGUGGGUCUUCUAAUAUUGGAGCAAGCCCUCAAGGUCAGCAGUUUGGCAAUAUGCCACAAAUGUCUGGCUUACCAGAUGCUCAGAAUUCAUUAUUACCUAUGGCAGAAUCUGAAGAGAAAGCAAGACAGCGUCAAAAACUGAGGGAGAUGAUACUAAGACAGCAGCAAACCAAGAUUGCUGUUCGACAUGAAAAGAUGUUGGAUUCAUUGCAAAUUGCUCAGGCUGCACACCCCACCCAGUGGCAGCAAGAUAGUCCACAUCGGCCACAUGAGGUCUUCAACAGACCUCCACCUCCUUAUCCUGGAAAUAUAAGAGCCUCAAUUGGUCCUAAAGGAAACCCACAAUUUUCUACUUUCCCCAAAGAUCAACAUACUCCAUUCCCUGGCAAUGCCCAGUUUAACAGGCCGCCAUUCACUGGAGACAUGAGUGUUGCUAUAAGACCACCUCCUGGUCACAGAUAUGUCUAUCCCAUGUCUGGGCCUGGCCCUGUCUCUGGUCAUGAGCGCUUUAUGGGUCCUCCUCUACAAAUGCAAGUUCCAGGGAUGCCUCAGCAGAUGAGAAGAGAUAUGUCAAUGGAGCUUCCUCGGUCUUUAAACGGCACACAAAUGAAUAAUCCUGCUGGUCUUGCUCCACAUUUUCCUUCACAGGCAAUGCCUGUUCAGCAGCAUAAUAUAUCAGGGCAAGCAUACAUUGAACUCCGCCAUAGGCCUCCAGAUAGCAGGCCACGAAUUCUUUUAGGGCCACCUUCUGGUAUGAUGGACCCAUCAGCACAACAUCAGAGACAUAUAAGUUAUUUCCCUAAGCCAGAAUUUCAAGGCCCAAGGUUUAUGGAACAAGUACGAAUUCAACAUCCAGGUUUAUCUAAUCAAGUUCAAGUUCCUCCAGGCUAUGAACACUUGAUUCCUACUGGGCAACAACCACUUAUGAUGCAUAGAGUCGAUCAAACUCAAAUCGGUGAGAAUUACUUACGAACACAGCUGUCUGACGGAACCAUGGGGAAAGAAUCGACAAUUCUUCCACCUGAAAAUUCGGAACCCAGUGGUUUGGAGGAAAAGCUGGAUCCUGAUGAUCCUUCUGAAAAAGAUCUUGAUGUGAAAGAUUUAGAUGGGGUUGAAGUCAAAGAUUUAGAUGAUGAAGAUCUUGAAAACAUAAACCUAGACCCAGAUGAUGCAAAAGGAGAUGACCUUGAUGGGCUGGAUAAUCUAGAAACAAAUGAUCCCCAGCUUGAUGAUCUUUUAAGAUCUGGAAAAUUUGAUAUAAUUGCUUACACUGAUCCAGAGCUUGAUCUUGGAGAUAAGAAAGAUAUGUUUAAUGAGGAUCUGGAUCUCGGUGUACCAAUUGAUGAUAAAUUGGAACUCCAGUGCAAGCCUGAAGAGGAAAAAAGUAGUGAAGACUCUGGUAAAAAUUCUUCUCCUGGACCUGCUUUGUCAGAGACUAUUACAGCUGUUGCCAUCAAAACAAAACCGGAAUUGGAUUCACCAAAAGACAAGGCAUUGGAUGUUAAGUCUGAACCAACAGUAGCCUCUACUACACCUGAGCAACCAAAGGAAGAUGGCUCAUCUGCACCAUCAACUACUAGUGACCAGUCAGAAAUAAAUGAAAAGGACAAUGUGUUUAAAUCGGAACAAUCAAGUGAGCCACUGCAGCUGCCUGCUUUAGAUGCUGGAAGUGCUUGUGGCAUGCCAGAAUCUGUUCCAAUGCUUACCAACUUAUUAACGAGUGAGAGUUCAGAGGUGGAUAAAUUAGGCUCCCCAGGGAUCAUGACCGUAUCGCAGCCUGAUCAAGUGCCAGUUAUCCCUCACAGUUUAAUAACUUCUCCUAAUCAAGUGAUAGAGCCAGCUUUAAAUCAAAAUAUGGGACCAAUACCUCAUCCUAGCUUUGAUCAGGAGUCCCCUUCAAAUUCAGUAUUUAUGCCGGGCCAGCAAAGUGGCCAUAAUUUUGUUCCAGGAGACCCAUUAAAUCAAGGGUUGCCUUGUCCUUCUGGUAUGCAAACUGCUCAACAACUGAUGCUUCAACAGAGUCGGGAGAGACCUCUUCUUCUGGAAGAACAGCCUCUCUUAUUGCAGGACCUUCUUGAUCAAGAAAGACAAGAACAGCAACAGCAGAGGCAGAUGCAAGCUAUGAUUCGCCAGCGGUCAGAGCCUUUUUUCCCUAACGUUGAUUUUGAUGCUAUUACCGAUCCUAUAAUGAAAGCAAAAAUGGUGGCUCUAAAAGGCAUCAAUAAAGUGAUGGUGAAUACUAUGGGAAUGUCACCAAUGGCCAUAAACAGGUUUCCCUUCAUGGGACAGCAGAUGCCAGGGACACAACCGAUGGAACCUCCGAACCUUGCUCCACCUCCCAUCACGCAGGAUGGAAGCAUAGCAACACAAAUGGUUAGACCCAACCCUCCAAAUUUCGGUCCAGGAUUCGUCAAUGACUCUCAGAAAAAACAGUAUGAAGAGUGGCUCCAGGAAACGCAGCAACUCCUUCAAAUUCAGCAGAAACUUCUAGAAGAACAGAUUGGAGCUCACAGAAAAUCUAAAAAGGCCCUUUCAGCCAAGCAAAGAACAGCAAAGAAAGCUGGUCGUGAGUUUCCAGAGGAGGAUGCUGAGCAGCUAAAGCAUGUUACUGAGCAGCAGAGCAUGGUGCAAAAGCAACUGGAACAGAUACGAAAACAACAGAAAGAACAUACAGAACUUAUUGAGGAAUACAGAAACAAGCAACAACAGUUUUCAGUGGCACCUCUAAUGCCUGGUGUUCUACCACAGCAAGCACUCAUGACUGGAGCAGCAGCACCACCACCACCACCACCUAUUAACCCACCAAACUUUCAAAUUCCACAAACACUACACACACCAGGACCAAUGAUUCCAGGCCAGCCUGCACAGCCAAGAAUGCCAGGUUGGCAGCCUCCCCAUGCUCCUAGAAACCUUGCACAUCCACCAAGGAUGCAACGUCCAGUUGGUUCUGAAGUAGCAGGCCCUGCUGCUCCUGCAAAUCCCAAUGCUCCACCGAGGGUUGAGUUCGAUGAUAACAAUCCCUUCAGUGAAACUUUCCAAGAGAGGGAACGCAAAGAAAGAUUGAGAGAACAGCAAGAGCGGCAGAGGAUACAACUCAUGCAAGAGGUAGAUCGUCAGCGAGCAUUACAGCAAAGGAUGGAGAUGGAACAGCAAGGCAUAAAUGGCCAAGACCUGAAUAGCAGAUCAUUGUCACAGAUGCCUUUCUUCGCCUCUGAAUUACCAAGCGACUUUAUGCCAGUUCCACAAUCUCCUCAGCAGCAAGCACAAAUGGGACAUGCGUUAUCCCACCAAAGCACGGGAAACUCUCCUCCUACUGUGCCUUUUAUACAGAACUCAGAUAAAAGGUCCUUGGGGCUCUCUCCUUAUGGACAAGAGCUUCAAACAGGCUUUCCCCAAGCAUCUGGUCAUCCCUCAUUUAUGCCAAAUGACACAUCAGCAUCACCUGUUGCUGAUAGUGGACGUUCCAGUGGACAAGACAGGCCAGUGAGUGGCACAAGUUUUCAAAGUCCUAGUCAGUCUCUUAUACAGUUGUACUCUGAAAUCAUUCCAGAAGAAAAAGGAAAGAAAAAAAGACCUCGAAAGAAGAAAAAAGAGGAAGAUGCUGACUCAUUAAAGUCUCCUCCCUCUACACCUCGGUCUGAUACUACAGCUCCACUGACUCCAAGUAUCUCAGAGGCGUCAACACCAACCGUUAACGUCCCUAAUGAUAUUGGUUAUCAAGGAGAACAUGUAGCUGACCUAAUACGUUCAUCUACACCAAAUACAGCAAACAACAACUCUGUUGAAUUGGACGAUCCUCUUGUCACUAAAGAUCCGCAAAGUGCAUUUGAGGAACCCUGCGUGGAGGAAGCCACUAGUCAAGCAGUCUCAAAAGAUGAACAUAACAAUCGGGAAAUAAAACUGGAGAAUACAGAAGGAGAUAAGUCUCCAGAGCAAGCUGACCCAAAAGUGAAAAAUUCAUCAGUGGAGCUAAAGACAGAAGAAGCCACAUCGCACGAUGCACUUUUAAUGGAAACCAGCUCUUACACUGCCUCCGCACCCUCAGGAAAACUGGAAUCUGGCAAUGAAUUACUGAAACACUUGCUCAAAAACAAGAAACAGCCUGUCAUCUUGCAUCGGAAGUCUGAGGAAUCUUUACAAUCAUAUGACUGUCCCGUUGAUGUAAAGUCUGCUGCAAAGCCAGCAGAUGCACUGGUGAGUUUGCGGCCCCCAGAAAAUAAGGAGCUGUUGAGUUUUAAUCUUAAUCAGAACCUGCUCUCAAGAACCGAUCUUAAUAUGGAUAAGAAGAAACCAAGAAAUAAGAGGGUUCAGAGAAGUGCUGAAAAGGCUGCCCCUCGCUCCAAGAAAAGAAAGAAAGAGGAGGAGCAGAAACCCUCUAUAUUUGCCUCUUCUGAGACUUUUACUCAUAUAAAACAGCAACUCUCUCUGCUUCCUCUAAUUGAGCCAAUUGUGGGAAUGAACUUUGCACAGUUUCUUCCUUAUGGCACUGGUCAAAUAAGUGCUGGGAGUCGCCUUCUGGGGACCUUUGGCUGUGCCUCCCUUGAUGGAGUUUCGGAUUAUUAUUCCCAGUUGAUUUUUAAGCAAAAUAAUCUCAGUAAUCCGCCCACACCUCCAGCCUCUUUGCCACCUACUCCACCACCAGUGGCCUGUCAAAAGAUGGUGAAUGGUUAUGCCACCACUGAAGAACUGGCAGGAAAAGCUGCCAUUCUUGGAGGACAUGUUACCAAAGCUCUGGGACCCAAACAGUUCCACCUGCCUUUCAGGUCCCAGGAUGAUCUUUUGGCUAGAGCCAUUACUCAGGGACCUAAAUCAGUGGAUGUCCCAGCUUCAUUACCGACACCACCACACAAUAAUCAGGAGGAGUUGAGGGUUCAGGAUCACUGUGAUGGCAGGGACAGCCCUGACAGCUUUGUGCCCUCCUCGUCUCCUGAGAGUGUGGUUGGAAUGGAAAUUAGCAGGUACCCGGAUUUGUCACUAGUGAAAGAAGAACCUCCAGAUCCAGCGCCAUCCCCCAUCAUUCCAAUCCUUCCCAGCAGCACAGGAAAAGGAUCUGAAGCCAGGGACUUUGGAUUUAAGAGAGAACCUGGUACAUUCUUUUUUGGCUCACACUUUAGCCAUACACCAAAUGGGCCUAAAUCUGACAUGAUAUCUGUGGCAAUCACACUGCACCCUACUGCCGCUGAGAACAUCAGCGGGGUAGUUUCAGCCUUUGCGGAUCUUUUACAAGUCCACAUUCCCACCAGCUAUGAAGUGAGCAGCGCUCCAGACUCUGGUUCUCUCAUCCUAAUGAAUGGGCACAGUAUGCACUCUAAUAUGGAGUAUCGAAAUCCGCUGUUACGCCACCGUCCCAGGCCUGGCAACAUACCUCCAGCCAGAUUUAUCGGACCCUAUGCCAUGAAGGCCCACAACUUGCCAUACAUACCAAAUAAUAAUGGAUAUAGACACAAUACCACCAGGGUAUUGGGAGAUUCUGCAACCCUUAGGCCAUCAUGGUGCUGCCACUGCAAAGUUGUGGUCUUAGGAAGCGGUGUCCGAAAAUCUGUGAAGAAUAUCAAUUUUCCUAAACGGGAGUUUCUUCCCAGCGCUGGCCAGAUGGAUGGUGAGCUUGUCUUCUGCAGCAACAACUGCUUUUUGCUGUAUUCUGCAGCACAAGCCAAGUGCAGUGAGAACAAGAAGCAGGACCGUUCCUUAACUCUUCCGUUGUUGAAGGAACCUCAACCAAAGUCUUGUCAUCAGUACAGUAACAACACUUCCACCCUGGAUGUUCAUUGCCUUCCUUUGCUGCAGAAGGCCUCACCACCUUCAUCUCCUCCUAUCUCUUUUCCUCCGGCUGCUUUUGAAACCGCUAAAGUUGAGGCAAAGCCAGAUGAACUGAAAGUCACUGUGAAGUUAAAACCGCGGCCCCGAGCCGUGCACAGUGGUUACGAUGAUUCCCGUCCCGUCAGCAAGAAAUGGAAAGGAAUGAAGUGGAGGAAAUGGAAUAUUCAGAUAGUUAUUCCCAAGAUGCCUUUCAAGCCUCAGUGUGAAGAUGAUAUAGAUGCAUUUUUGAAAAAGCUGGGGACAUCACUAAAGCCAGAUCCGAUGCCCAAAGAUUUUAGAAAAUGUUGUUUCUGCCAUGAAGAAGGCGAUGGAAUGACAGAUGGAUCCGCAAGGCUUCUCAACCUUGACCUUGACCUUUGGGUCCACUUAAACUGUGCUCUUUGGUCUACUGAGGUCUAUGAGACACAGGCUGGUGCCUUAAUUAAUGUGGAGCUGGCAUUAAGACGAGGUCUGCAGAUGAAGUGUGUAUUUUGUCAUAAAAUGGGAGCCACCAGCGGUUGCCACAGGUUAAGGUGCACCAAUAUUUACCACUUCACCUGUGCAAUAAAAGCACAAUGCAUGUUUUUUAAAGACAAGACUAUGCUUUGCCCCAUGCACAAGCCAAAGGGAGCUCAUGAGCAAGAACUGACUUAUUUUGCAGUCUUUCGUAGAGUUUACGUUCUGCGUGAUGAGGUGCGACAAAUUGCCAGCAUUGUACAGCGCGGUGAACGUGACCACACUUUCCGUGUCGGCAGUCUGAUCUUCCAUGCAAUUGGUCAGCUGCUACCACAGCAAAUGCUGGAUUUCCACUCUGCAACAGCGCUGUUUCCAGUGGGAUAUGAAGCCAGCAGGUUGUACUGGAGCAUGCGCUAUGCAAACAGACGCUGCCGCUAUCAUUGCUCUGUCGAAGAGAAAGAUGGAUUACCAUUGUUUGUCAUCAAAGUGAAUGAACAGGGCCAUGAAGACCUGGUUCUGACCGAUUCUACACCAAAAGGAGUUUGGGACAAAAUCCUGGAACCUGUUGCAAACUGCAGAAAGGGUUCAGAAAUUCUCAGGCUGUUUCCAAUUUACCUGAAAGGAGAAGAUCUCUUCGGUUUAACUGUAUCUGCAGUUGCAAGGAUCGCAGAAUCGCUCCCAGGAGUUGAGGCAUGCGAAAAAUACACUUUCCGUUAUGGGCGGAACCCAUUGAUGGAGCUCCCCCUGGCCAUCAAUCCCACUGGGUGUGCCCGCUCCGAACCCAAGAUGAAUAAUCAUGUCAAGAGGUUCGUGUUAAGGCCUCACACCUUGAAUAGCACCAGCACUUCAAAGUCCUUUCAGAGCACAGUUACAGGAGAACUGAAUGCUCCAUACAGCAAGCAGUUCGUCCAUUCCAAAUCCUCUCAGUACCGGAAGAUGAAGACUGAAUGGAAGUCCAAUGUCUACCUGGCUAGGUCUCGGAUUCAGGGUCUGGGGUUAUAUGCUGCUAGAGAUAUUGAAAAGCACACUAUGGUGAUUGAAUACAUUGGAACCAUAAUACGCAAUGAAGUAGCCAAUAGAAAAGAGAAGCUGUAUGAAUCUCAGAAUCGUGGUGUAUAUAUGUUCCGCAUCGACAAUGAUCAUGUUAUUGAUGCCACAUUAACUGGAGGACCUGCAAGGUAUAUCAACCAUUCAUGUGCGCCUAACUGUGUGGCUGAAGUGGUAACGUUUGAGAAGGGACAUAAAAUAAUUAUCAGCUCCAAUCGCAGGAUACAAAAGGGUGAAGAGCUUUGUUAUGACUAUAAGUUUGAUUUUGAAGAUGAUCAGCACAAGAUCCCCUGCCACUGUGGUGCCGUGAACUGCCGGAAAUGGAUGAACUGAACGCAUUCCUUGCUACUCCAUGGUUUUACUUGUCCCUGAGAUGUGAUAAACAUGCUGGCAAAUGAGACAUUUGUGUCUUCAGAGCCUGCUUAGCAAGUGAAACUAGAUGCUGACCAAGGAGGAGGCCCCCGUCAUGCCUCUCUGG